AUGACAUUAUACACAAGCGAAUUACAAGAAUGGAUUGAUUGGCACGGUGGAGAAGAAAACCUGAAAUUAUUCAUGAAAUCCAGUCGCCGAAGAAGAUCAAUUCUAUCCAACAUUCGAUCCAUCAUCCCAACGUGUAUCCUGGCCAGAUUAGACGCCAAAAAGAACAAGAUUCAUCCAAUCAUCGAAAAGGACUUACCUGCUCGGUAUCCACUCGCUGUCGAAAAAGCCAUCUAUCGUAUAUCCCAUCUACGUCUGGAUCAACCGAGACCACUUCGACAUCAUGUCGUCAUCUCAAAUAUGUUGUUCCAACACACCAAUCUGUUCUUGCAACAACAACAACAACAACAACAAAUUCAGCCACCUUAUACCUUUUCCUAUUCAGGAUAA